CAAUUUAAAGCUGACAGACACACACUUUCUAUUUCAUCUCUUUCGAAGAAUAGUGUAGCAGAAUUUUCUCACGAAUCACACUCACACUCUCUGAGAUUCAUCGUGUCGUAUAAACGAGCACAAAAAGAAGCUUUCAAACCCUAAAUCUCAAUUCUUCAACUUUAUGAACAAAUCGCAACAAGAAUCGUUACAAUGCCAGUUUCAACUCGAUCUCACACAAAAAACGCUCCAAUUCCACAACAACAACCACAUCAAUGUUUAAAGGAGAAAUUGAAAGCACUAACACUCUUAUACGAGCAACAAAAUCUCAAGAACCGUUCUUUCAAUCCUCCAAAACAAGAAGACAAUGUCGUUGCGAAGAAGAAGAAGAAGCUUUCGUUGGUUGAUGAGAAUAGGAUAAUGGUGUUUGUGAGAGUGAGGCCAAUUGCGAAGAAAGAAGCGGGUUCGAGGUGUUGUGUGAGGAUUGUGAAUCAUUGUGAAGUUUAUUUGACGGAAUUUGCUGCUCAGGAUGAUUACUUGAGGUUGAAGCGGGUUCGGGGUCGGCAUUUUACGUUUGAUGCUUGUUUUUCUGAUUCAGCUACUCAGCAGGAAGUUUAUUCUACCUCAACCUCAGAACUCGUGGAAUCAGUUCUGCAAGGGAAGAAUGGGACAGUUUUCUGUUAUGGUGCCACCGGAGCUGGAAAAACUUACACAAUGCUUGGUACAGUGGAAAGCCCGGGAGUGAUGGUGUUGGCAAUUAAGGAUCUCUUCAGUAAAAUCAGGACGAGAAGUUGUGAUGGGAACCAUGUUGUUCAUCUGUCCUAUCUUGAGGUUUAUAAUGAAACUGUAAGAGAUUUGAUUUCACCUGGAAGACCUCUGGUUUUGAGAGAAGAUAAACAGGGGAUUGUGGCAGCAGGUCUUACACAAUACAGAGCCUAUUCAACCGAUGAAGUGAUGGCAUUACUUCAGCAAGGGAAUCGUAACAGAACUACAGAACCAACUCGUGCAAAUGAAACAUCUUCACGUUCCCAUGCUGUUUUGCAGGUUAUGGUUGAAUACCGAGUUAGAGAUGCUGCAAUGAAUAUUGUUCACAGAGUGGGCAAGCUCUCAUUGAUUGAUCUUGCAGGGUCCGAGAGAGCCCUUGCCACAGAUCAAAGAACACUUAGAUCUCUUGAGGGUGCCAACAUUAAUCGGUCACUUCUUGCACUAAGCAGCUGCAUCAAUGCUCUUGUAGAGGGCAAGAAACACAUUCCAUACCGAAAUUCAAAACUUACUCAGCUCCUCAAAGAUUCACUAGGAGGAACUUGCAACACUGUUAUGAUUGCUAACAUAAGCCCGAGUAACCUCUCAUUUGGUGAAACCCAAAACACCCUUCAUUGGGCUGAUAGAGCCAAGGAGAUUCGAAAAAAGGCAUCUGAUGCGAACGAGGAUCUAUUACCGGUACCUGAGACAGAAAUAGACCAGGUCAAGCUGGUACUAGAGCUGCAAAAGGAGAAUCGUGAAUUGCGAAUGCAGCUAGCACGCAAACAACAACAACUUUUGAAACUCCAAGCACAGUCCUUGGCAGCAUAUUCUUCCCCAACACCACCAUCAGGUUCAUCUUUUCUUUCCACUCCUCCGACUUCGGUUCAACCAAAUGAAAAACGAAGGACUAGACCCUCGUUCUUAACUGCAACUUAUCUCACUCCGGAGACCAAGAACAAGGGGGAUGAGAUAACAUUCACUGUAAGAACACUUUAUCAAAAAGUAAAAACUCUGGAGUCAGAGAUUGAAAAAAUGAAAAAGGAUCAUAGUUUGCAGAUAAAGCAGAAAGAUAAUAUUAUUCGUGAUCUUUCACAAAAGAGUGGGAAAAAAGUGGCAGCAGCAGGGGAAGUGGGAAAUAGAGUAGUAACCAGGUCUAGCAUACGACCAAAGGAUGAAAACAUAGGUGAGUUAAAAAGUCCAAGUCAUCGUUUUCAAUCACCACUACCAAAGGUCAAGAAACGAAGCUUUUGGGACAUAACUGCUGCUAACAGCCCAUCAGUUGCUGCAUUAAAUGGGAGAAAAACUAGAAGUCAUGUCAUUUCUGAACCUACUGCACAUCCAUCCAUGCUUCUUCAGCCAGGGUUUGCUCGUCAAAAGGGAAACAUUUGGAAGUGAUCUAGGAAAGAGUAGAAGAAGUUCAAGGACAGAAUAGAACAAAUAUGACAGAAGGUCUGGUAUUUUUUAAGACCUUGGCUGUGGCACAAUACGAUGAACUGGCUGUGGCACAAUAUGAAUUAGAUCAUUGCCACUUCCAUCUUCAAGUGUCUGCUUGUGUAAAUGAGUAAUACAAUGAUAGGUUCUUUAGGCUUAGUUAGCAGCAGGACUGGAGGGUUCUCUUUUACAAGCUUUAUUCACAGAUGUAGAUUUCAUGCUGUCAAAAUCUAUCGCAUUUGGCACAUGUGGCCGUUCUAUGAAGCCAGACCACCGUGCAGGAUUAUGAUUUUGAUAUUUUUAAAAAAAAAAAUCUAGAAUGCCUGCAUGUCAUUUUGACUGUAUACAAUGCAAUUCCUUCAUUCACCA